AUGACGCCUACUACCCCCGCCACCGCGCCGACGUUGGACUUCAUUGGCCUGGAUAUUGGCUCCAAACAAUGUGUCGUGGCUCGCCCUUCCGGAGACAUUGUCCUCAACGAACUCGGUGGCAUGACCACUGCCACGUUGGUGUCGUUCAAGGACAAGGAGCGUUUGCUGGGCGAAGCGGCCGUGCUGGCCUCGAGCACCAACCCCAAGAACACGGUGGACUACUUGAACCUGCUGCUGGGCAAGACGCUCGACCAGGUCGUGGCCCAGUUGAGUGCGUUCCCGUGCCAGCGGUCCAACUUCACGGUCAACGCCGCGGGUCUCCCCGUCGCCUCCGUCGACUAUAAUGGCGCGACCACCGAGUUCAGCCCCGUGCAGUUGAUGGCCAUGCUACUCGCCAAAAUCGGCCGCAACGUCACCGCGGACGUGGCGACGCUCAAGCUCGGCGUUGCGAUUCCGCCGCGUUGGACUGACGCCGAAAAGUCCGCGCUGUUACAAGCCAUUAAAAUCGCAGGGUUUGGCGCUGCCACGUUAGUCCCCCGAGACCACGCUCUGGCGCGGUGCUAUCACCGCAAGCACCCGAUCAAAGACCCAGACGUGACCAAGACACUAGUCAUCGUGGAUGUAGGCCAUGUUUCAACCACUGCGGUGCUCGUCCAGUUCUCAGCGGCGGGCGAGCAGAUCCUCGCCACGGCGUACGACCCCGCGCUGGGCUCGUCCAACUACGACCGCCACUUGUACGCGCACUUUGCCGCCAAGUUGAAUGCGUCCCAUGGGCUGCAGCUCGAGCCCGACACGCGGCAGAGCCGCCGGCUUCUGCACGCAUGCGAACAGCUCAAGAAACUGCUCUCGACCAUCCCAGAGGCCAUCGUGACCGUGGAGAACCUCGUACCGGACGCCGACAUUGCGCUGAGCAUCUCCAAGUCCGAGUUUGAGCACCUCGGCCGAGGCGAAACCGCCGGACUGCGGACGUUGCUGGAAGGGCUCUUUGCUGACGUGGCAGUAUCUCCGAGUGAUAUUUCGACGGUCGAGGUCGUGGGCGGGGGGACUCGCAUGCCCGUGGUGCAGGACGCCAUCUCAGCCGCGAUCGGAACUCAUGUGACACUGGGCCGGAUGCUGGACAGCGCUACGGCCGUGGCUAUCGGCGCCGCCUUUAGCAUUGACAGCAACGGCAACAUGCUGCAAGAGGUGACGGUGGACGCCGCCGCCAUCGCGGCCGAGCUCGCGAUGCAAGCGCAAGACGACACGAUGGCGCUGCUCGCCGACAAACGCAACGAAAUCGAGACGUUCGUGUACGAAAUCCGAGCCAAACAAAGCCAAAAGCACGGCCAUCUCAUCGAGUCGGCGGUCGUGGGCCCGUUCCUCGAUGCCGCCGAGGACUGGUUCUACUCGGACCAAGCGCUGACCGCUACCCUGGACCAAGCCACCGCCACCGUCCACGCAUUGAAAUCUGACAUUGUCCAGGCGUGCCAAGCGUACUUUGCAGCUGUCGCAAAAGAUGACGAGGAGCUGGAGCGCCAGUUGGAGCUGGAAUCGGAAAAGGCCGCGCUAGAGCAUAAAGAUGACGACGACCACGACUUUCGAAAGCUCAAAACGCCCGAUCGCAUGCGGUUGGUUGUCAAAAACAAGGACGAAGGCAACGAGUUAUUUCGUGGCGGCAAUGUCCAACAUGCCGCUGCUCGGUAUGUCAAGGCAUUGACUCAUGCGACCAAGUUCUUUGACUUGCGACCGGAUGAAGCGGCCGACGUGAACGCUGUCAAGCUGAGCUUGUACUUGAACGUGGCGCAGUGCUACUUGAAGAUGGAGAGCUGGCACAAGGCGGUGGUCCAGUGCAAAGACGCGCUGGACAUCGACCCAACCAACACGAAGGCGCUGUAUCGCCGCGCGUUGGGCUAUGAAAGACUCAAGGAUUACGCCCGGGCGUUCGACGACAGUCAGAAAGCAUUUGCGUUGGCUCCGGACGACAAGGCCGUGGUCGCGUUGAACGAACGGCUGAAAGCGCACAUGAAGAAGCAACAGGACAAGGAAAAGAAGAUGUGGACAAAGGCGUUUGCCUAACACGUCUCGGACCGCAAGUGACAGAUUGUUUCGCUAGUAGUAGUAGUACUUCUACUAGUAGUACUAGUACUACUAGUGCUUCCGAGUAAUAACAUCAUACGAGCAGUUUCCACUAGA